AUGCCCGCGGAAUCUAUUUACCCUCUGGCCACAGUGAUCCAAACCUACCUCUCCCGUGUCGCCGGCACCAUUGUCUCACUCGAACCGUCCACCCAAACCGGCAGAAGGCGAAACGACCUUAGGGUACGAGGAGGAGGAGGCGCGUUAAGGAAUGCAGACUACAGUUUGAAGGUGUACGGGUUGGAGGACAAGAGCGUGUACGUGGUGGGCAGUGGGAAGCCGGCAGGGAUGGAGUGGAUGGAUUAG